AUGGCAGACAUCUGUCUCACUUUUUCUGAGGCGGCGUCGCUUCUGGAAGAGGUGGGUAACUCCAGCAGGAAAUGGAGUCUCACUGAUCUUGAAUGCAUCGAGGAUGAACUCCUGCCUACCCUCUCGGACGUUCGAAUGUCCAUUAAUGCACAGCGUCCUGUCAAUCGUCUCCCUGACAAGAUCCUCAGCGAAAUCUUCCGCCAAGUACCACCAUCACCAUUGGCUCUCUAUAUCAACGGCCUCUGCAUCAGCCUUAGAAAAUUUUUGGUCUGGGAAUCCUUCUUCGAUUUCAAGGAUACUGGGUGCGAUUUUGACCUACCCGCGUCCUACGCCCACGGACUCCAAGCCUUGGCAGCGUGGAACUGCGUGCUUCAAGGCGAUGUCUCUAACCUCAAGGCGCUCGUCCUACGCGCAGUGGAUUGGCAUCUCCCCAGCUCCCUCACCAAUCUCACGCACCUUUACCUCGUCAGGAAGCGGCUACGCGUUGUAGACCUUUUUCGCAUCUUGUCGAUUGCGCUGAGAAUAGAGGACCUGGUCCUGGAAGAAUUCAGUGCUGAGGACGCACUGGACCCUCAUGAAGAUAUCCCCGCUGUGGCCCUCCAACACCUUCGUCGUCUCGCAAUUCAUCGUCCAGACAGGAACCUUGUAUCCGCACUCUUCUCGCACGUCUGUCUUCCUAUGCGCUUGGCGGCCAGUUUCGAACUCUGUCAAGCCUUAGAUUUCGAAUGGCUAGUCCCUCUGACGCAGAUUGACACAAAUGCUUUGUACAUUUCUGCCUCGACGUACUCGGUAGUCGCAGCUGGCCCUUCGAGAGCGGUGCGCUUCAGUUGUCGACACGACCUGGAAGUAAUGGUCCCAUGGACCAUGGCUCUACUGUCACAUUUCCAUCUCCAAUUCAAAGAUCUCUGGAUUGCGAGUACUCACAGAGAGCUUGACAUGACGAUCCUCAAACGCACUCCAUGGGUGGAGAGACUACACAUUGGGUCCUCCAGAUACACUACCAUGUUAGAAACCCUGGGGAACAAACCUGCCUAUUGGCCGAAGCUCACGAAAGUUGCAACAUUGCAACAUUCUAGGCUACUCAAAUUUGCUGAAACUCGGGCGCAUUUGGGCCGUCCUCUGGAGGAACUCGAAUGCCACGCGAGCCGAAGCACGUAUAUACAGGACCUAGAGAGAAUCGAAUCACAUGUGGGAGUGGUGCGGCUUGUCAAAGACGAUCCAUUCGCGCUACCACUGCCAGAUGUAUGCACCGACGGUGUUCCCUCACCGUAUUUCUGGCCGGAGGAGUGGGAUGAGUUGUAUUUCUCGAGUGUAAACGUCAAUAUCAUGACGUAUUAA